GGCAUGGAAGGGCUGAGAGCCUCCAUGAUCUGAGUAGGAGCAGCAACAGGAAAGGUAUUCAUCAGGACAAUGAUGAGUCAGCAGAGGCCCGGCCUGCUGGCGUGUGGUCAGUGCUGGAGGUAAUUGUUCUCAGACCCACUAGCCUCUAGCUGCAUGAACUGCUGUGGAAGGUUCCUGACUCAGCAAAGGCAGGUCUUCCUCAGAAGGGGCUCACAGCUUGAGCUGCCUUCUUUAAACAAGAUGGCAGUGGAGGAAAGUCCGUGAGCCUGUGAGGGGUGAGAGCCCUUUCCGGUCCCAAGAUGGGGAACAUCACUGCGGAUAACUCCUCGCUGACCUGCGCCAUCGACCACACCAUUCACCAGACGCUGGCCCCCGUGGUCUACGUCACAGUGCUGCUGGUGGGCUUUCCGGCCAACUGCCUGUCUCUCUACUUCGGCUACCUGCAGAUCAAGGCCCGGAACGAGCUGGGCGUGUACCUGUGCAACCUCACCGUGGCGGACCUCUUCUACAUCUGCUCGCUCCCCUUCUGGCUGCAGUACGUGCUGCAGCACGACAACUGGUCCCACGGCGACCUGUCCUGCCAGGUGUGCGGCAUCCUCCUCUACGAGAACAUCUACAUCAGCGUGGGCUUCCUCUGCUGCAUCUCCAUCGACCGCUACCUGGCCGUGGCCCAUCCGUUCCGCUUCCAUCAGUUCCGGACCCUGAAGGCCGCGGUGGGUGUCAGCGUGGUCAUCUGGGCCAAGGAACUGCUGACCAGCGUCUACUUCCUCAUGCACAAGGAGGUCAUCGAGGACGAGGACCGGCACCGCGUGUGCUUCGAGCACUACCCCAUCCAGGCCUGGCAGCGCGGUAUCAACUACUACCGCUUCCUGGUGGGCUUCCUCUUCCCCAUCUGCCUCCUGCUGGCCUCCUACCGGGGCAUCCUGCGGGCCGUGGGGCGCAGCCAUGGCACCCAGAAGAGCCGCAAGGACCAGAUCCAGCGGCUGGUCCUCAGCACCGUGGUCAUCUUCCUGGCCUGCUUCCUGCCCUACCACGUGCUGCUGCUGGUGCGCAGCCUCUGGGAGGCCAGCUGCGAGUUUGCCAAGGGCAUCUUCAAUGCCUACCACUUCUCCCUCCUCCUCACCAGCUUCAACUGUGUGGCCGACCCCGUGCUGUACUGCUUCGUCAGCGAGACUACCCACCGGGACCUGGCCCGCCUCCGGGGAGCCUGCCUGGCUUUCUUCACCUGCUCUAGGACCCGCAGGGCCAGGGAGGCUUACCCAUCGGGUGCCCCCGAGGCCUCUGCAAAAAGUGGGGCCCACAGCGGGGAGCCUGAGCUGCUAACCAAGCUUCAUUCGACUCUGCAGACCCCGGCCUCACCUGGAGUGCUGCCCACCGUGGUCGGGUCCCCUCCGGGAGGGUUGGCCUAGCCUGAGUCGCCCACGCGAGGGCUGAGGUGAGGCCUGGGCCUUUCUGUAGCCCAUAGGCUGGGGGGUCCU